AAUGACUGUAUGGUCUUGUGAAUUUUUCCUAAUUUGUUAACCUAUUCAUUCAAUUCAUUAAUUGUUAAAUGCAAAAUUACAUUCUACAUAAAGUUAGCUUGCUGUGAGACUGUGACACUAUGUUCCAUACAAGGAUUGCUGAGAGAAUGCUCCUAGUUGAAUGACCUAUUGUUUCCCUUACUCUUAUCUUUUUCCUUUCACCUUCAUUGAUCAAGUAUGUAAAACCUUGUUUUCUAUAACUUCGAUAUUAAUUGAUAAGGAGAUCUGAACAAAAGAUCAACCUUAUCUUGUAAAAAGUUCUUCAUCAUCCUAGGGAAGACCUUCCAUACCUGCUGCUGAUCUGGAGAUAAUUAAUAUCUCCCUAUUCUGCCCUUUGUGCUUCCAGAUUUGAUUUCCUUCUAUUCUAAUUGCUGAAUCGAUUUACUUACUUGUGUUUGGUUAUUAUUGCUGAGAUCUAAAUUAUUAUAUCAGUUUUGAUUGGGUAUUAUAAUUCUGUUUUCUGAUUACUAAUUCGAUUUUGCAUUUUACAUCCCUUUUUCUUUUCAUUUACUAAUCUAUGAUUUAAUUUUUUUGAAAGGAAUUUACUCAUCGUUCAUUCGUUCUACGUUAAUUAUUCUAUUUGUUGAGAUUGGAAAGGAUGUUUUAUUAUAUUAUGUAGGUAUUUCAAAAUUAAGCUACCUGAGCUUAAGCAAAAUGGUGAGACCUAAGGAUAAAUUUUGGGAACAUGUAGAGCAACGUGGUUUGGGCCGUUUCACAUGUAACUAUUGUGGACUUAAUUAUUCUAGGAGUGUUUCAUGAGUGAAGGCUCAUUUAGCUUGUCAACCUGGACAUGAUGUUCAAAUUUGCACCCAAGUUCCUGAGCACAUUCAAGCUGAUGCCCUAGCAGAAUUUAAUUUGAGUAGAUCUGCUAAGAAAAGAAGGAGUGAUUCUCUUGAAAGUGGAAUGGGUUCCACAAGUAGCACACCUUCUAUACCUCAUGUUAGGAUUGCACAUCAACCCACAAUGCUAGAAAUGGCUGCUAAGCAAGACAAUAAAUCAUUGGACAUGUUGGUAACUGAUUUUUUUGUCAAUAAUAACAUUUCCUUCAAUGUUAUUCAGACAAAUUCUUUUAUUGAGAUGCUAAGGGGUGCAUGUGCGUAUGGUACAAGUUAUGUUGUACCUAGUUAUAGCAAUCUUCGGACCAGUUUGAUUCCUGGAAAAAAAGCAGAAAUCAUGCAAUAUGUUAGCAGUAUAAAGGCGACAUGGGGUAUCACAGGUUGCACAAUUAUGUCUGAUUCUUGGACUGACAUAAAGAAGAGGUCAUGGGUUAAUGUGAUUGCUUACUCUCCUGGGGGUGCUGUGUUUUUGAAAUGUAUUGAGUGCGGUAUAAAUAGAUUAACUUCCACAUUUCUUUUCAAUGAAAUUUCUGAUGUCAUUGAAAAAGUUGGACCAAACAAUGUUGUGCAAUUUAUUUCAGAUAAUGGUUCUAACUUUUGUUCUUGUGGUGAUAUGUUGUCUGGAAAAUGGCGUCAUAUAUAUAGAACAAAUUGUGCUGCUCAUGGGAUUAAUCUACUUUUGAAAGAUAUUCACAAAAAAGUUAAAUGGGCGAGGAAAAUUAUAGAAGAUGGAAAACUUGUAGUGGAUUAUAUUCACAGGCACACAGGUAUUGUAGCAUUGAUGAGAAAAUUCACCAACAAUAGAGAUAUCAAGCAGCCUUGCAAGACAAGGUUUGGUACUUAUUUUUUUAUGUUGCAGUCUCUUAUUCUUGUUGAGAAUGAGUUGAGACUUUUUGUUGCAUCAUCUGAGUGGAGAGCCUUUCAAUUCAAUAGAGCUGAAAUGGCAGUGAGAACUGUUGGAAUAAUUCAAUCAGAGACAUUUUGGGAGGGGGCAAAGGAAGUUGUUACUUUCAUGGAGCCACUUAUUCGUAUUCUUCGCCUUGUUGAUUCAUAUGGUUCUACUGCAGGUUACUUAUAUGAAGCAACAGAAAGGGUAAAAGAAAAAUUGAGAAAAUUUGUGGAGAAUGAUGGAGGGAAGUAUUUAGCCAUAAUGGAUUUGUUUCAAUUUAGGUUAGAGAAGAACAUUAUUCAUCAUGUUCAUCUCUUUGGUGCACUUUUGAAUCCUUCUAUUAUGUUUGGUGGUCGACUUGAUAUUGAUGGAACUAAAUUUAUGAAUGCACAAGAAUUUAUAAUGGACAUCAUGGUUCCUUUAGAAGAUCGUGAGCAAUUCAUGCAAGAAGUCAUUGAUUAUCGUAUGAAAAGUCCAUUGUUGUUCAAUAUGACAGGGCAGACAAUGAUGAAAACUAAUCAUCCAAGGAUUUUGUGGCAAUUUGUUGGUAGUGCAUUUCCUGUGCUUCAAAAUAUUGCUUGUAGAAUCUUGAGUCAGCCUUGUAGUUCCUCUCCUUGUGAGCGUAAUUGGAGUGCUUGGGAUGCAGCACAAACAAAGAAAAGAAAUAGAUUAGCCCCAGAGAUGCUAGAGGAUUUGGUGUACAUCAAGAUGAACUCUAUGGUGAGGGAGAACUGUGAAAGCCAACUACAUAAAGAUUCAAGGCCUAUUGAUUUAGAUAAUCUUGGUGACUUACCUAUAGUAGACUUUGAGCUUGAAAUGGAGAGGCUUGAGCAGACGUACGAGGAACCUGAACCAUCUGACACUGGAGCUGAUGGAGGAUCUACUUCAUGUAGUUUAAUGUCUCCUCAUUGAUCUUUUUUUUUUUAUCAUUGAUCUUUGGACCUAUUAUAAUGAUACUGAGUUCUUUAGACAUCUUGGAUGAUAUGGAUGGAUGGUUUUUUUUUAUAUAUAUUUUGGACAUGUCUUUUUUAAUAUGGUGUAUUAAGUUUUAAUUUGGAAUUUACAUUGGAUGCUAUAUUUUGGAUGAUAUAUGCAUGAAUGUUUGAU